UUUUCGUUCUGUGUCUUUAGGUCACGGAUCUUGUUCCUCUGCAAUAGAUCAUGUUAAGCUUCAGGCGGAAUCACAUUCGAUUGGAUUGUUUGAAGUUUCUUCUUUUUUGUGUUUGUAUCGGUUUAAAACGCGAUAGUUAUCAGGAGUAUGGUUUGUUGUGGUUCUCGAGAAAUUUCAGGAAAGUGAGAGUUUUCUAUUUAUGGGUGGUUGUUUUCUUUAUCCCGAAAUUUUUAUUUUUUGGGGGGAUAAUUCGUGAAAGGAAUGUCCUUUCGUACGAAAUUGUAUCCGAUUUUCCAGCUUGUAGAUGUUUUGAAGAUCUCUGGCAAAAGUCGGAGAGCAUAAUGCACUCGUAGCUGAUUCUGGAGAUUGAAUUUGUGGCAUCCAAUGGAUAGAUUGAUCAUGGCAACUGCAACUAUGGCCACAGCAGCUGGAGCAGCUGCUCUUCUAUACUACACGUUGAACCGGAAAUUAAUAGCGGGUCCAUCUGAUGUUGACGAUGAGAAUUCUGAAACUUCUACUACUCGUGCUUCUUUGAGGAUUGACCGUGUUUCGCAUAGACUUAUUCAAGCUCCAGCAACUUGGUUGGAGACAAUUUCUACUCUCUCUGAGACUCUUCGUUUUACUUACUCCGAGACUCUAGGGAAGUGGCCAAUUGGAGAUCUUGCUUUUGGGAUCAAUUUUCUCAUCAAGAGGCAGGGACUUCUACAUGUUGAUCGUGUCUUUGGUGGUGAAGAGAGCAUUGAGCUCAAAGGACCAGAAGUAGCCACUGAACUUAGAUAUUAUUUGCACUUGUUGACGUUGUGCUGGCAUUUCUCCAAGAAGACAUUUCCGUUGUUCUUAGAAGAGACUGGCUUUACAAAGGAAAACGUCCUUAUUCACGAACCCAAAGCUGGGAUAUUGAAGCCAGCUUUUACGGUUCUUGUCGAUCACAAUACAAAAUGUAUUCUAUUGUUGAUCCGUGGAACGCAUAGCAUCAAGGACACAUUGACGGCUGCGACAGGAGGAAUUGUGCCAUUCCAUCAUACCGUUGUAAACGAGAGAGGUGUCAGCAAUCUGGUUUUAGGAUAUGCACAUUGUGGUAUGGUUGCUGCUGCUCGGUGUAUAGCAAAGCUUGCCACCCCUUGCCUUCUCAAGGGUCUUGAGCAAUAUCCAGAUUACAAAAUCAAGAUCGUUGGGCACUCUUUGGGUGGUGGAACGGCUGCUCUUUUGACAUAUAUUUUGCGGGAGCAGAAAAUGCUCUCUACAGCUACCUGUGUUACAUUUGCUCCAGCUGCUUGUAUGACCUGGGAAUUAGCUGACUCUGGGAACGACUUCAUCGUGUCUGUCAUAAAUGGAGCCGAUCUGGUGCCUACAUUUUCUGCUGCAUCAGUAGAUGACUUACGCGCUGAGGUAACAGCAUCUGCUUGGCUAAAUGAUCUGAGAAAUCAAAUUGAACGGACUAGAAUCCUCAGCACUGUUUAUCGCUCAGCGACGGCUUUAGGAUCCCGCCUUCCAUCUAUGGCCUCUGCCAAAGCAAAAGUUGCUGGUGCUGGUGCAAUGCUACGUCCAGUGUCUAGCGGCACACAGGUUGUGAUGAGAAGAGCUCAGAGUAUGCUGACCCGUCCUGCACUAAGCUUAUCUUCUUGGUCAUGUAUCGGACCGCGGCGCAGAGUCCCUGCUACUCAAUCAAACUCGGAACAUCAGUUAGAUUCUUCUGAAGCAAUGUCCCAAGUUAGACCCGAAACCGUAGAUCCUCUUCUUGCCACCACUAGUAGUAAUUCCACAGAUGAAGAAAUCACAGGGAAAUGGAAAUCAGAAGCUGAGUGUUCUGACUACGAUGAAACAUCUGCUGCUUGUCUUGGAGCCACAGAUCUUGACGAGUGCGAGGAUCCAGCGGAAAUCGAAACACGCGAAGAGCGUAUGACUGAAGCCGAGCUAUGGCAGCAGCUGGAGCAUGACCUUUACCACGAUGACUCUUCAGAGCUGCCUGGAGAAGCUGAUGUGGCAAAAGUAAUCAAAGAAGAAGAAGAAGCCGUCAUCGCAGAGGCCGGUGUGGCUCAGCCGGAGAUCCGGACGCCUGAGAUGAAAGAAUCCCACAGAUUUCUCCCGCCGGGUAAAAUUAUGCACAUUGUCACAGUCCGGCAUGAGGCCGUUGAAGCUAACGAAGAAGAAGACGGUUCUGCCCCCGAGAGGCCUGAGACAGUGGAGACAGUGGAGGAGGGUAGAGUAGGAAUCUUUCUGACGCCGAGGUCAUUGUAUAGUAAGGUGAGGUUAUCGCAGAGGAUGAUAAGCGAUCACUUCAUGCCUGUUUACAGACGACAGAUCGAACGGCUAAUACAAGAGCUAACACCGGAAGAACAACCUUAAACCUUCUGUUCGUGUUUUAGUUUCUUUUUGUUUUUUUUUUUGGCGGUAAAAUUUCUAUAUGCAGUUGUAAAUACUAAAUACAUACUUACGUUAUUUACCAAUACCUCCAACUGAGUUUUUUGUAUUCGAAAAUGUUUAUUAUAUUUACAAAAUGUACAAGAAGGCUAUAUUUCGAUGUUUGCUAA